AUGAAAACGUUAACUUUAUAUUUAAAAUUUACUACAUUCCUUCUUUUAAUUUGGAUGUAUCAAUAUUUUUAUAACUGUGAUUCCUAUAAAACAUUGAUUGAUAAAAAUAUAUUGCAAAUAAUAAAUGAGUUAAAAUAUGAAAGAGUAUUAACAGAGGGUGACAUAGCAGGAGAAAAACAAACUAACGCUGAAGGAUGUCAAGAAGAAUGUCCAACAAAAAAUAAUGAAAAAGAAAAAAAAAAAAUAAUAUGGAAAAAUUCACGAAAAUUGAGUAAUCCAUACAAUCUAUGGCAGAAAUUCACUAGUCCAGCAUUGUUUGAGCGAUUUAAAAAUGAAAUCAAUGGAAUGGAUCCUAAAUGGAUAGAGGAAAAAUGGAAGAAUGAAUGGAAUCAAAUUUCAGAGAACAAAGUUAAGGAUCUAUCUUCUAUAUUUCAACGAAGUGAUAUUUCAAAUGAAGAAAAAGAAAAAUUAAUUCUUGAUACUAAAACAGAACUCUUCAAACUAUAUAUGGAAUUUGUAGACGAAUCUAAGAAAGAGAUGAGAGGCAAUAAAACAGAAUCCGAAUCUGAAUCUGAGAAAGAGUUGAGGGACAAAAAAAGAGAAUCCGAAUCUAAUAAUGAGAUGAAAGACCAUAGAACAGAAUCCGAAUCUAUUAAUGAAAUGAUAGACAAUAGAACAGAAACCGAAUCUAUGAAGGAGAUGAGAGAAAAUAGAAGAGAAUCCAAAUCUGAGAAAGAGAUGAUAGACAAUAAAGCAGAAUCCGAAUCUGAGAAAGAGAUGAUAGACAAUAAAGCAGAAUCCGAAUCUGAGAAAGAGAUGAGAUACGAUAAAACAGAAUCCAAAUCUAGGAAUGAGCAGGGAACAAAUGAAGUAAAAAAUUAUAAAAAAAUUUGGGUAUUACUUAUUGUUUUGAUAAUCUUAAGGAGAAUAUAA